AUGUUGAAACGCGGAGCUCAAGGCCCUCAAGGGUCCAAAGAGGAUGAGGGUGUUUUCGGGAUGGCCAGCACCCCGGAUGACAAGCCUCAUCGAGCGACAGCGGCCCAGUUAGCCAACAGAAAGAUCAAGGAUGUCCGCAGACGCCGGGCUGCAACCCCCACAACCGGUGGAGGCGCAUCUGAUGCAGCUUCAUUUAACCCUUUCGCAUCCGUGGCCCCGGCCGCGGCACCAGCACCUACCCAGUCGACUGGGUUCGCAUUUGGUCAGACUCAGAGCCAGAGCUUCCCUGGGGCAAGCUCCGGGCCCAGCCAGGGUGGAAUGUUCUCGUCGGGCACUAACGGCCAGGCCGGUGGUCAGGUAUCCUUCAGCUUCGGCGCCGGCCCGACCUCAUUUGGAUCUGCACCGUCGAGCAAUCCCUUUUCUGUAGACACAUCAUUUGGCGGAAAUACCCAGUCGAGUACCAAUGGAUUCAACUUCGGGGGAUUCAAUACCGGAAACCAGUCCACUCCCUCGUUCGGUGGAUUCGGAGCACAACAGAACACAAGCACUCCAGCAAAGCCCGCCCUGUUUGGGCAGUCUGCAGCACAUAUGACUUCGCCUGCUGAUGACAGCAUGCAAACUUCGCCCGAUACCAAGCCCAAGGGUGCCUCAAUAUUUUCAACGAAGCCAGCCGCAGGUCCGUCGGCACUUGGCAAUCCUUUCUCGAACCUUUCAGGGCAGGGCGCGGCCAGCAAUCCAUUUGCGCCAAAGAUAACUGCGCCUGAGAAAGCAGUUGAAAAACCUGCGGAGGCUCAGCCUUUCACACCACUUUUCGGAUCAACGCCCGCUGCUUCGAAGCCCUCGGAUGGAGAAAAACCUCAACCAGCUGUCAGCAAUCCAUUUGCACCAAAGGUAACUGCUCCUGAGAAAGCAGUUGAAAAACCUGCGGAGACCCAGCCUUUCAAACCACUUUUCGGAUCAGCACCCGCCGUUUCGAAGCCUUCGGAUGGAGAUAAACCUCAACCAACAGUCAGCAAUCCAUUUGCGAACCUGUCAGGGCAGGCUCCAACCAGCAGCACUAACCUGUUUGCCCCGAAGACAACACCAGUGGAGCAAACUCCUGCGAAGCCUGCAGAGCCGGCAAAGCCUUUUGGUGCUCUUUUCGGGUCAACCCCCAGCUCUCAGCCCUCAGGGCCUGCUGGCAAUAUAUUUGCGCCCAAGCCAACGGCAGAAGAACCGAAGGCGAGCAAUCCGUUUGCAAACCUGUCCGCGCCAAGUUCAUUUGGUACUUUGUCCUCACCGAAGGUUACUGGGACCGAAAGUGCUGGGAAGGUUGCCGAAGCACAGCCGUUCAAGCCAAUGUUCGGUACACCUGCGGCAUCGAAAGUUUCGGAGGCCGGAAAAGAGCAGACGCCUGCCCCAGCAUUUGGCAAUAUGUUCUCGCCGAAGCCGGCCGCUGACAACGCAGCUGCGAAGCCUGUAGCGGAUCAGCCGUUCAAGUCCAUGUUUGGUACACCUGCGGUGUCGAAAGUCUCCGAGGCCGAGAAAGAACAGACUCCCUCACCAGCAUUUGGCAAUAUGUUCUCGCCAAAGCCGGUUGCUGAGAGUACGGGUGCAAAGCCGGUCGAGGACAAGCCGUUCAAGCCCAUGUUUGGAACACCUGUGUCUGGAAAGGAACAAUCAGCGGCAACCAAUGUUUUUGCACCGAAGGUGACAAGUGAAGAGCAGACUCCUGUACCUGCAAAGACCCCACAAUUCGGGUCGAUGUUCGGGGCGUCUCCUGCGCCGUCGAAGAUUGGGGAAGGAAAGACAGCCCAGCCGACACCCAGCAAUCCAUUUGCGAACCUGUCAGGCCAGAACGCGUUUAGCAGUCCAUUCACGCCGAAGCCGACAGAGCAGGCUGCAAAGCCCCAGGCACCGAGCACAUCCCUCUUUGGUGCAAGUACAGCAGUUGACAACAAUAAGCUGAAUAAGGACAAUGAGGUCAAUAGAGACAAUAACAUCGCUCUGAAUAGCUCAUUGUCUCACCCAUUCACUCCUGGACCUAAGGUGUCGAAUGGACCUCAAACGGAAGGCGCGGCAAAAACUACCACACCUCAUGUGUCGUUCGCGUCUCCACGCGACGAUAAAAGCUCGUCGUGUUUACCUGUCCCUUCUUCCUCUUCUUCUCUCCCCUCUUCCUCCACAACCUCUACUGUUUCCAACACUUUCACUGCUGCAGACCCUGACAGUCUUUUCCCACGACCUGAUCAUCCUGUAUCAAUUGACUAUCCUGAACAACCUGAAGAUUGGGACAGUAUGCCUCUUAAGCGUCUUUUCAAUGAGCCUAACCGCGACCUGCUUCGCGAGCGAGCCCAUUUGCUCAUGAAGAUUGGCGUCUUGACUGAGUCGUUCAAGCGUGAGGUCGCUAAAUGCGACCCCAUGACUGAUGAUAUCGACGAAGUCCUCAUUCUUUAUGCUGAACUUCGCCGUGACCUCGGUGUCCCCAUUGGGACCAUCAAUCCCGAAGAAGAGGCCAAACGCGCCGCCAUCAGAAAACACGAUGCCGCCAAGGAAGCGGCAGGCGGCAUCUCGCCUCCCCGCGAUGCGCCCAAGGUAGCGCCAGCUGGCGCCUCACCUCCUCGUGGUGCCUCUAAGGAAGUGCCAAAUGGCGUCGCAACACCUCGGAUCCCGACCCCUCCUUCCUUCGCACCUCCUGGUGCUGAUGACACACGCCCAGGACCUUCCAACAAGCCUUUUGGCGGAUCUACUACUUCGUCUAAAUUCGCCCAAUCAUUCUCCGCUCCGGCUACGGCUCCAGUAACUACCUCCGGUGGCUCUUCUCCCACCUCGAUUUCUGGCUCGGCGACAGCUCCAGUUUCUGUUGCUCCUGCUGCUCCUGUCGCUCCUGUCGAGCCCUCUCCCCCAGCUGCUGCCCCGGCCUUUGAAAUUCCCAAGUUUGGCAGUGGGGCUACUGGCGCCGAUUUUGCUGCCCAGUUCAAGUCAGCGUCGGACAAGGCCAUAGCUGAAGCAAAGGCCAAGAGAAAGGCUGAAGAGUUUGACUCCGAUGAGGAGGAUGAGGCGGAAUGGGAGCGCAAAGACGAGGAACGCCAACGCGAGAAGCGCGCUCAAAUUGAAGCUGCAGCUAACAAGCGUCCUAUCUUUGUCCCCGGCGUGGGUUUCAAGUUCGCCGAUGAUAACACUGCUCCACAGAACGUUGAGGAGCCGGCUACAUCUGCCGCCCCUGCUACAUCUGCCACCCCUUCACAGCUUGACUCUGCGGGUACUGUUAAUCCUACUCCUGAUCUCUUCCCUGCUUUUGCUACUCCCUCCGCUCCUGAAGGAGCAAACGGUGCUUCCUCUGUGUUUUCUUCCUCGUCCAGUAUGCCGGUCCCAGCCUCGCAGAACAUUUUCGGCGGGCUCAAGCCGCCCUCGCCGAAGCGCAAGGCGGGUGAUGAAAGUGACAGCGACGAGGAUUCCCCUGCAAAGAAGACCAAGUCCUCCCACAACAUUUUCGGCGGACCCAUGCCGACCUCGCAGAAUAUUUUUGGUGGCAAGCCACCCUCGCCGAAACGCAAGGCGGGUGAUGAAAGUGACAACGACGAGGAUUCCCCUGCAAAGAAGACCAAGUCCUCCCAUAGCAUUUUCGGUGGGCCCGUGCCGACCUCCCAGAACAUUUUCGGCGGCAAGCCGAGUGCACCCCUGCCAGGUACUUCGACUGAUUCCUCCGCACAGCCCGUGAUGGCCACUCCCUCUGCCCCUCCUACUCAACCCGCUUCCACCACCACUGAAGAGGAGGACAUUGAAGCUGGUGAAAUUUUCGAUCUUACAAAGGGCAAUGGCGGAGAGGAAGAAGAAACUGUGAUGUUCGAAGACAAAUCCAAGGUUUUCAAACUUGAGAGCGCUUGGUUGCCAAAAGGAACGGGUCCCGUCCGCGUUCUGAAGCACCCUGUCACUGGACGUGCGCGUGUUGUCGCCCGUGCCGAGCCGAGCGGAAAUGUCACCUUGAACACUCUUUUGAAGAAGGAGUUUGACUACAAGCUCACCAGUAACAGUGUUCAGUUUCUGGUGCCCAACGAGACUGGGGGUCUCACACAUUGGGCAGUCCGAGUGAAGAAGGAGAGACUGCAGGAGUUUUACCAGCUCGUGAACGAUAUCAAAAACUAG